AUGGAUUCUGAAGAACAUAUACAAACUUUUCUGAAUUGCACCAAGCAGAUCCUGGGUAGAGAUCUGUCCUGGGAGAAUUUGAAUGUUUCACAGCUUCUGGACCUGCUACCGAAGCAAUUGCACGAAGAUAUGUCUUUGAAAGUUACUCUAAGCAACUGCAUGGGUAUGGGCAAAAGACCCUAUGUCCCACCAUGGUGGGGACAAUUGGCCUGGUUCGUUGUUUUUGCUGUUAUGCUUCUGCUAGCUGUUCUUGGUAACACGCUCGUGAUUUGGAUAGUACUGGCUCACCGGCGGAUGAGGACAGUCACAAACUGCUUCCUCGUGAACCUAGCAGUGGCUGAUCUCCUCAUGGCAACUUUGAAUGGAGCUCCGAACUUCGUGUUCCUUGUGACAGCGCAUUGGCCCUUCGGCGCAGUCACAUGUACAGCGAGCAACUUUACGGCGAACCUCACUGUUUCUGCUGGUGUAUUUACCCUCGUAGCCAUUACAGUAGACAGGUAUGUAGCGAUAGUGAAACCUCUACAACACAGACUAAGCCGCCGAGUCGCACGGGCAGCGCUGUUCACUGUUUGGUUUGCGAGUGCUCUCUUAGCUCUACCCAGCCUUCUCUACUCUGAUACUUAUAAGAAGAAGUACAUAAAUGGAGAACGCGAAAUUUGCUUCAUGAAAUGGCCGGAUGGAAGUUACCCGACUUCUAGAACAGAUUAUUGCUAUAAUCUGGUGUUCCUGGGGGUGACGUAUGUACUACCAAUGUCGGUCAUGGUGUGGGCCUACGCUAGAAUGAGUUCCGUCCUUCGUGGAAGAACAAUUGGGGAGUGUACUCAUCAUCAAAUGCAGGUCGUCAGAGCUAAGAAAAAGGUAGUCCGAAUGUUCGUGCUGGUAGUGAUGGUAUUUGCAUUAUGCUGGUUGCCGUACCACGCAUACUUCGUGCUGGUUUAUCACCAUCAGUCCCUCGCCUCCGCGCCAUUUGCACAGCACACGUACCUCGCCUUCUAUUGGUUGGCCAUGGCCAACUCGAUGUUCAAUCCCCUCAUUUAUUACUGGAUGAGUAAUAAGUUUCGGAUAUAUUUCCGACUAGUGCUUUGCUGGUGUCAAACCGUUAAAACUACAACACCAGACGACAUGAGAAAGCAACUGGAAUUGAACAAAUCUUUUUCUGGACAGUCUAACUUCACGUCGGCGCACUCUUUCAAGACGCGUAAACGCGGUCGAGAAAUAGCAGAAAGUAUCGAAUGUGAUGAUAAAUUAUAA